AUGUCCGUACAAAGGGAUCCACAAGUGCAAUCACUAUCACCUCACCUCUCCCAGACGUCAAGCUGCUUAUAUUGGAAUGAUGAUGGUAACUGCACCAAUAGCACUAUUUCCCGCCACCUUAUUGUUGGUCUAGUGGUCGCAUCAGUAUCCUGGACAAUGCUCAAUCCUGUAUCAAAUACUCAAAGUGGGUUUAACUUUUCCGUAAAGUCGCUUUUUGAACCCCCGAUGCGGGAUCAAGACGGAGAGGCCAUCAGUUUCGUGUUCUUAAUCAGUCUAUCGGUCACAUUUGCCGUACUGAUGGUGAUGCUCAUAGUAGUGGCUGUGUACGUGACUUUCUGCAGUGCGGACGAAACUGAAUAUGAUGAAGAAGUGGCGUCAGCAAUGCCCAACCUAUUUCGCAAAAAGCGCAGUUUGGUACUACUAGACGGCUCGUUCCUCACUCCAGGCCAAUUCGACGACAGCCAGGCGCUUCUGGAACAAGAAGCUGUGGAACUGCCCCGGAUGUCGCGGUUCGAAGUCGAACUUUAUCGGCGUGCUCAAGAGUUUCAGAAAGUGUGUCCGCCUAACGUCAAAGAAUUUGGCACCUACACAAACGCAAGCGACAAGCAGUUCAUAAAGGACCGUGGGAUACAAAGCUACUAUUUUUUGCCCUCCAUCAAUGAUAAUGUCGACCAAUUUGGUAACUUUCUGCCCAGUUUUAUCAUUCAGGAUAAGCUCGAUAUCCUGUUCACCAAGUUUAAUAAAAGUGCAUCUACAAUCAUGAACUACCCUCUUCCGCACAAUAAAAAGGACGCUGUCUAUUUCGAAGUGAAAGUUUUCAAGUUUCCUCGCAAACCGAACUCCAUAUUUAGCUGCGGCCUCGUUACGUGCCCCUACCCAUACUUCCGCCUUCCUGGAGCUUCUCAAUUCUCCAUAGCUUACGAGUCUACGGGAAAGCUUCGCAUGAACAAUCCUUUCUAUGCCAACACUUUACUGCCGAAAUUACAAGAAGGUGAUGUAAUUGGAUUUGGCUACCGCUACAGAACCGGUGCAAUCUUCAUCACACACAAUGGGAAAAAACUCAUGGAUCUGACACAUAACGUGGAUAUUGAUCUAUUCAUUGGAGUUGGGGCUAUGAACGCAGCCUACACGAGGACGUACACCCGAGAGGGAUUGCUUGAAGACUGUGACAACGUAUCUCUGCGGGAAAGAAUUUUGGCCAGCGACUUGGAUCUUAAGGCUCCCCGCGCGAUUAACGAACAGUUGGAAACAAUUCACGAUCCGUCAGAAGCAGACUUAUCGUCUGAUGAGAUCGAAUUGCACGUCAAUCUCGGCCAGCUGGGCUUUGUGUAUGUGGAGGCUAACGUCAAAAAAUAUGCAUUUGGAAGUGUUUUCGGAGACAUUGGUAUUCCACCAUCCUACAAUGGAGACGAAAUAAAAAAGGAUGUGGUGUUGCAAAAGGGCGAAGAACUGCCACCCAAAUACCCGAGUGACGAACUGGCACCGAUGACCAGCACUUCAAUCACCGUGCAGGACGGCGAGCCCAGUUCUGCUGAAUAUGAAGGACACGAGCGUGGCUCCUCAAACGACAGGCAAAAUAGUAGCACAAGUGAACCGAAAUCCAAAAACGGCAAGAAACGGCAUCGCAAGAAACGCGGAAAGCGUGGAGUGAGGCGAGGAAAUAGGUGA